AUGUCAACAUCUUGUUUGACACAACCAUUUCUGCACCAAACUCCUAGACCUACAAAGAAACGGUGGUUAUCUCGGGCUCUAAUGGAGGAAGAUGUCGAAUUUUCUAACAAUAAUUUUUCAAACUGUUCCCACUCAAUUAAUCAUUCACUAUCCACUAAAUCAGAUUCCUCUUUAGUCAUGCAAAAUUCAUGUGCUACGCCAGUUAAUCCGAAAAGAGGAUUAUCUCCCGACUUUCCGGGAUCUCUGAAGACUUACCUAUUUGUACCGAACAAUCCAGAUGAUGAACAGGUGGUUUGCAAUCCAGAAUCUAAAGUUAUUUCAGAGUCACAAGAAGAUCCUGAGUUUUGCGAUGGUCUAUCAACUCAUCUGGCUCCUCUUCCUCCGAAGAAAGCUACAGUAAAGCAACAAGCUGAAGAGUUGCGGUUGCAAGAGAUACGUAAAGUUCGUGUUUCCCUCUCUGAAUAUCGUCGACGUCGUGGUCUGCCAGCCCUCACACCCGCUACGGAACGAAAUCAUAAGCAGACGAAAGAGCCGCUAGAUCAAUCAAACGGUAAUAUUGAUAAUUUAGAAAUUAUAAUCCCACCAACUCUGAUUAGUCCUGACCGACUUAUAAUAACGCUCCCAAAUCUUCACAAUGAGUCAAGGCCAUCCUCUGACGUAAGAAGUUCUGAUGGAUUACUGCAAAAAAUUACAACAUUAAACAUGAAACCUGAGGUUCUUCAUGAUUACAAUCAACCCCUAUCACCUUACACAAAUACACCAAAAAGAUGUGAAUUCGAUAGCGAACGUGAUUUUAUUGAUGCAAAAGUAAGUGAACGUGGACCUCGAACACCAAGCGAGCCACCAGAUGAUGACGAUGAUGAAGAUAUCGGGGUCGAUUCUAUAAAUCCCGUUAGUAGAGGUGCUCUUAGUAGUUCUCCUGAACCGUUCAUAAGAUUUCCUGGUAAAGUGCUUUCUUCUCACAGCUCACCAACAUCUACAUUCUCGGACUCUCGUAUAGCCUCAGAAAAGCUACCUUUCAGGAACAGUUCACCUCCAGAUCCAAUUAAUCGUGAAAAUCUUUUACAUGACAUCGAUCAUGCUAAGGAGUACGAUCAAGGUCGUAUUGUGUCCGAAGUUGUAGAUCACAAGCCUCCAGUUAAUAUACCAGUUUCUACUAAACAAGCACAUUUUGAUAGACUGGCUCAUUACUAUAAGAAGACAUUUAACUUAGAUGAUUCUCAACAUCUGUAUGGUUUGGUGAUUUCCACAGGGACUCCACCGCCCCCACCUCCUCCUCCUAUUCCUUCAUUCUCCGGACAUCCAGCGUCUUCAAACAGUCCGGUUGCUCCGUCGUAUGAUAUCGAGAAGAAUCCAGAAGAUAAUUCAACUCAUCUUUCUGGGUCAUUGGAAUACUUCAUACAACGCGAUAACGAGAUACGUGUGUGGCAAGAAACGCGAUCUUAUGAACGAGAAAAACGUAACACUUCUCCAUGGCAUCACCGGGUUUCCAGUCAGUCUUACUUAAAUUCAAAGAAGUUUUGCACAAUCUCUAAACAUCCCUCAAAGUAUUAUAAAAAUAAUGAAGGCUUUUUCUUUUAUCCUGAUGUCGUUACUGGUCAUUUCGACAAUGUCGAACAAACCCUACUGCGCAUCAGAGAUAGUUUGCAAGCUCAAUUAGAUCUAACUAAAUUGGGUUGUGCUUCACAAAAAAUGAACUCAAACAACGAUCGCUCAUCAACAAACAAUAACGGGGCUGUAUGUUGA